UAACAACCAAGGAGUUGUAGUGGCAGGUGGAAAUGGAUAUGGAUAUCACCUCAAUCAACUCUCUUAUCCAACUUUUAUCUUUGUUGAUGAAGAACAAUCUGUUUAUGCAUCAGAUAUAUUCAAUCAUCGUGUGAUGAAAUGGAGAAAAGGUGCAAAAGUAGGAACAAUUGUGGCUGGAGGAAAUGGAAAAGGAAGAAAUCUGCAUCAAUUGUCGUCACCUCACGGAGUAAUUGUCGAUGAUUUGGGUCAAAUCUAUGUGGCAGAUUUUGAGAAUGAUCGAAUAAUGCGUUGGUGUGAAGGAAAAGGUGAAAUUGUUGUUGAUGGAAAUGGUAAAGGAGGAAAUGAAUCAAAUCAAUUGAAUGGUCCCGGUGCUUUAUCUUUUGACGGUGAAGGGAAUCUUUAUGUUGCUGACCAUAGGAAUCGUCGAAUUCAAAAAUUUGUAACAGUUUUUUGA